CGAGAAGAAGAGUGGCCUGUUCCUGUGUCUCAAGAAGUGAUAUUAGAGCGGCUGAACGAAUACGUCAAAGGUUCUGCAUGGGAGGACCCUGCUGUUUGCGCUGUUUGCUCGCAGUAUGACAGAAAGGCUAUGGAGAUUCCCCUUUCCAGUGAUUUGACGUCUCUUCAUCUCGACCUGCUACGUGUUUCUGAUCCUUACAUUAUCAAGAAUUGCAUCGUGCAGUCGCUCUCAACCUGCUUCACCUAUGGCCACGACGUCCUCAAAGGUCUCCAGUUAGACAAAUUGGGACUCGUUUCUCGUGUUUCUGGAGAUGCAUCGCUUAUGAUGUGCUCUCCUUGCCACUCCGCCUUGACCCACAACAAACUUCCUGCCCUUGCACUGGCCAAUCGCCUGUAUCGAGGCUCCCUUCCUUCCCAAUUCAGUGACCUGACCUGGAUUGAAGAAAAGGUGUGCGCGAUUUACUCGAUCACAGCGCACGUCACACGACUUUUCCAGUCUUCUGAUCCAACCCAACCGAAGGUUUUUCAUGGAAACACCUGUGCACAUGACAUGAACAUUAUGUCCACUGCCUCGGUUCUCCCACGAGCUCCCGCAGACAUCAAUGGUUUCCUGAGUGUCGUUUUCAUCGGACCUGAAGCUUUUGACCCCAAACGAAUGGGUACCCUGUUCCGCGUGCGAAAACACAAAAUCUGGACAUUUCUGCAGUGGCUCAAGGCACACAAUCACCUAUAUGCUGACAUACCAUUAGAUGAGACCAUCAUGGAUCUUUAUCCAUCUGACGGCACUCUCCCCGGGCUGGAUAACCAUGUUGUUGUAGAUCACAAAUUGAAUCCACAAGCUGUGUUCGCAAGCGAGACAUCUGGUUUCAGUGGCCAUCCUGCUUCUCUCAUGCACGACACUGAUCCCGCUGACAUCACUGCCAACCUCGAGAGUGCACCUGUUUUGGUAGAGAAGAUGGGCGUUUCCGAUCCAGAAUGUGACAAACUGAGUGGAUGA